AUGGUAAAUCAUCAAGAGAAAGAGAAAUUAAUCUCUGAUGCAUCAAUUUCAAUUCAAGGCGAUGCCAAUACACCACCAGUAAAAUAUAUACCAAGAGACAGUAAAAAGGAAGGUUUUGGAACAAGAAUAUUGGUGGCUGUAGGCCUCAAAGAGUCUUCUAAAAAAACCGAAAAGGAUCCAAACAAAGAAAAAGAGUUUCAUGAAAAGUUUAAACAAUUGUCAGCAUUGGACAAGGAUGCCAUGUUACAUCGCACACAAACACCAGACACUGGUCUCUCUCAACAAGAAGCCGAUCGUCGUAUUCAAGAGUUUGGUCGCAACGUUAUCAAGACUGUCAAACCAACUCCAUGGUGGAAGUUAUUGUUUAACGCUCUUUCACAUCCAUUCAAUAUCGUAUUGACCGUUAUUGCCGUCGUUUCCAUUGCCACCAACGAUGUUCCAACCUUUUCCGUUGUCAUGUUUAUGGUUCUCUUGUCAGCUGGUUUACGUUUCUACGAAGAAAGAAAAUCGACAAAGGCCUUUAACCAUCUCAAGUCACUCAUCAAGACUACCAUUACCGUUCGUCGUGGUGGUGUCGAUAUGAAGAUUGAUAUGGAAGACGUUGUUCCAGGUGAACUCAUUCCAUUAAAGGCAGGUGAUGUAUUCCCAGGUGAUGUCCGUAUCUUGGAAUCAAACAGUCUCUACGUUUCUCAAUCAUCGCUAACUGGUGAGUUUUUGCCAGUUGAAAAGUCGGCAUUUGCAUCGGAAACACCAACCUCUAUCUUUGACACACCAAACAUUUGUUUAAUGUCUACCAACAUUGUAUCUGGUAGUGGUCUUGGUGUUGUCUUUGAAACUGGUCCAACCACCUACAUCUCUUCCAUCUCUGAAAUUCUUACUAGCACUCAAACUACCAAUGCUUUUGAUGUCGGUGUCAAAAAGGUUGCCUAUCUUCUCAUGGGUUUUGGUCUCAUCAUGGUUCCAAUCGUCGUUACAAUCAAUGGUAUUACUACUCAUGAUUGGUAUGAUUCUGCUAUGUUUGGUCUUUCUGUUGCUAUUGGUUUAACACCAGAAAUGCUUCCAAUGAUUUUAAAUGCAAACCUUGCAAAGGGAGCAUCGGAUAUGUCAAGAAAAAAAACCAUCGUCAAACAACUCAGUUCAAUUCAAAAUAUGGGUGCCAUGGAUGUUUUGUGUUCCGACAAGACCGGUACAUUGACAGAAGAUGAUGUCAAAUUGACCGAUUAUAUUGGUGGUGACAAGAAAGAGAAUGAAGAUGUUCUCAAGUUUGGUUUCCUCAAUUCCAAUUUCCAAAGAGGUCUCAAGAAUGUUCUCGAUGUCUCUAUUAUCAGUGUUCACGAAGAAAAGUAUGGAGCCACUACACCAAACUACAAGUUGAUCGAUGAAUUCCCAUUUGAUUUUACUCGUCGUCGUGUAUCUGUUAUUCUCCAAAAGGAAGGUGAGCAAUCACACUUUAUGGUUUGCAAAGGUGCCGUAGAAGAAGUGCUCUCCUGCUGCUCAUCUAUGGCCUGCGAAGGUGGUCGAAUCCAACAACUCGAUCGUGACUCUAGAAAGCAAUUACUCAACAUUACCGAUGAACUCAAUAUCGAUGGUCUUCGUGUACUCUGUGUUGCCAGCAAACAAGUCAAUGUCAACGGCGACUAUGCAUACGAUGUAAAAAAGGAUGAAAACGAACUUGUAUUCCAAGGUUUCCUUUCUUUUAUCGAUCCACCAAAGGCUGAUUGUGCCGAUGCUAUUGCUCUCCUCACUAAAAAUAAUGUUCAAGUAAAGGUACUCACCGGUGACAAUCUUGCCGUUGCCAAAAAGAUUUGUCGUGACGUAGGUAUCGAUGUGUCACGUGUCAUCUCUGGUCCAGAACUCGAAGAGGUUGAUGAAGAAGAUUUUAACAGAAUCGUCGAAGAAUGCACUCUCUUUGCCAAGCUUACACCAAUCCAAAAGUACAAUGUUGUUCGUGCAUUGAAACGUCACAAACAUACAGUUGGUUUCUUGGGAGACGGUAUCAAUGAUGCUCUUGCACUCCGUGAAGCCGAUAUUGGUAUCUCUGUCGACACUGCCACCAAUAUUGCCAAGGAUGCCUCUGAUAUUAUUCUACUAGAAAAGUCAUUAAACGUCAUCAACCAAGCCAUUACCACCGGUCGUACAACACAUGCCAACACUAUCAAGUACAUCAAGAUGGCAGCUUCAUCCAACUUUGGUAACGUCUUUUCCAUGUUGGUUGCCUCUGCCUGGUUACCAUUCAUUCCAAUGCAACCAUUGCAAUUGCUCACACAAAACCUCCUCUAUGAUUUCUCACAAAUUGCCAUCCCAUGGGACAAUGUCGAUGAAGAGUUCCUUAGAACACCACAUCCAUGGUCUGUUAAAAGUUUGUUCCGUUUCAUGGUGUUCCUCGGUCCAAUCUCUUCGAUUUUCGAUGUCACCACCUUUUCCUACAUGUGGUGGUAUCUCGGUUGGAACAGUGCUCAUCAUGCUAAAAUCUUCCAAACUGGUUGGUACGUCGAAGGUCUUAUCACUCAGGUUAUCAUUGUUCAUAUGAUUCGUACUCAAAAGAUUCCAUUCCUACAACGUUGGGGUUCGUGGCAACUUACUCUCAACACUCUCUGGGUUGGUGUCGCCGGUGUCGCCAUUCCAUACACUCCACUCGGUGAUUUCCUUGGUAUGCAAGCUCUUCCACUUUGGUACUAUCCAGGUCUUGCUGCUUCUUUUGUUGGUUAUUUCCUCUUUACUCAAAUCGUUAAAAAGAUUUAUAUGACUCUAUUCAAAGAAUGGUUGUAA